AUGCCGACGAUACACCUGGUGCCGUUCAACGUCGUCACCGCGGCGUUGGGCGGCUUCAUCCUGCUCUUUGGGCUCGUGUCCUAUCUCCUGAAGGAGCGGUUCUACCUGUCUGAAGCCCUUAUCUCACUCGUUGCUGGCAUUGUGUUCUCGCCGCACGCCACGAACUGGAUACGGCCUCUCGACUACGCUCUAGGCUCCGAGGAUAAUCUCGACUACAUCACACUGUACUUCACGCGCCUGGUGCUGGGCGUGCAGCUCGUCAUCGCCGGCGUCCAACUGCCUCAUCGAUAUCUGCGCACCGAAUGGAAAAGCCUUGCCCUACUCUUAGGGCCGGGCAUGUGCGCCAUGUGGAUGUCUGCUAGCUUGCUCGUUUGGGCUCUGGUGCCCAACAUCUCGAUAUUGCAGGCUCUCGCCACGGGAGCGUGCGUGACGCCUACUGACCCGGUCCUCAGCAAUUCUAUUGUCAAGGGCCGCUUCGCCGACAAGAAUAUCCCCCGACCUCUCCAGCACGUCAUUGUUGCCGAGUCGGGCGCCAAUGAUGGCCUGGGCUACCCGUUUCUCUUCCUGGCGCUGUAUCUCAUCAAGUACACGCAAGGCGCAGGCGGCUUUGACGGCGGCGCGGGACGGGCGAUGGAGCAAUGGUUUGUUGAGACCUGGGUAUACACAAUCAUCUUAAGUGUUGUGUACGGUGUCGUAGUGGGCUGGCUUGCUAAAGAGUUGCUUCACUUUGCCGAAAUACGCAAGUUCGUUGACCGCGAGAGCUUUAUUGUGUUCGCUGUGGCACUGGCAUUGUUCAUCACAGGAACAUGUGGUAUGAUUGGCAGUGAUGACGUCCUGGCUUGUUUUGUGGCUGGAAAUGCGUUCACAUGGGAUGAUUGGUUCCGAAAGGAGACGGAGGACGAUAGCCUACAGCCGACAAUAGACAUGCUGCUGAACAUCAGUGUCUUUGCCUGGUUUGGAGCAGUGUGUCCGUGGGUGGAGUUUCGUGUGAACGACGUGAUCCCGAUCUGGCGGCUGAUCAUUCUGGGCAUACUGAUCUUGCUUGUCAGGAGGAUUCCUAUGGUGAUGGCAAUGCACCGAUACAUCCAUCAGAUCGAACACAUGCAGCAUGCGCUGUUCGUGGGCUUCUUUGGACCGAUCGGUGUAAGUGCCAUCUUCUACCUAUACAUCAGCAUUGACUUUCUGCGGACUGAGGUCACAGUGAGCGGUGUUCCGCGAGAGGAUGCCCGGCAGCUGGAGGAGGUGAUGCGCGUCGUUAUCUGGUUUCUCGCCAUCUGCAGUAUCGUUGUCCACGGUUUGUCGAUUCCUUUGGGAAAGCUUGGCUGGCAUUUGCCCCGGACUAUAUCUAUGAGUUUGAGCUUAACGGAAGACGAGAGGGAGGGACAGUUGCCGCUGGGCACAAGAAUAGGGCCCACGUACCGGACACGGAAGCGUAGGGAGAAGGGAAGCCAGCCUGCUGGCACGGUUUUUAGGCUUGUUGACUCGAAUGAGAAUUCGACAGAACAAAAGCAGGGAGCAGACGAGGCUUUCCCUCCUGAGCCAGCCAGGCCAAUUAGGUGCUUGACGUCUGGUGAGAACACUCCAAGACGGCGAAGCAUUUCUUCCGGCCUCUCGCGCGAUGAGGAUUGUAGAUCAGGCGAGGAGUCCGGAGCGAGAGGUCAGAUGGAGGUCUAA